AUCAAUGGCUAGGUAGCACGGGCGACGGUGGGCCUUGUCCGGUGUGUUAUCACCCGACAUUGGUAGAUGAAGUUGGGAAAGCCUCCCCAACUUCUUGUUAGCAUCAUUGCUAAGCUGAGAGUUUUUUGUGUCCGGUGCAAUAGAGAUCAACACCUAGAGGAACUGCACGAACACGAGUCACACUGCGAGACCUACAACAGGGAGAGGCAAGAGCCAGUGCUGUUAAACCUGUUGCAAAAAGAUCUGGACCACCCUCUUUAUUAAGUGGAGGAGACAUUAGUGACGACACUAAUGAAAAGAAAAAUUGCAACCUCCGGUAAUGGAGAGCUUUCACUCCGUACGGGUGGUACACCAUUGCAGGUCUCUGUCAUCAACAAGCCAAGAAAGGGAAGCAGCGAAGCAAGCGCUCGGACGGUUUAUAGACGGACAAAGGCGGUUGAGGGCUAUAGGGAGUCGAUUAGCGGCACAAAGACAGAAGAUGUCCAACGACAGAAAUGGGCUGAGCUGCGGCAGCUGGGACGGGAUGAGCUGCAGGAACUCCUCCACAAGUCUGGCUUAAACAUUGAAGUGUCUGAGCAAUCGGCCAUAGCAAUGAAGAGUGAUCUCGGGAUACCCUGGAAUAGAUUGAGAAAUUUAAAAUGUUGGCUGGAGAGCUUCAAGCUACAUAUCGCGAGUGAAAAGAAAAUGAGAAAGGUGGCAGGAGAACAGAAGUAUAGCGAGGUUGAAGCAGAAAAUACCCCUAUGAUGUUUCCAGGCCCAGAGAUCAAACUAGCACCAUUAGUACAGGUCACUGAUCUAGACUCAUUGUUGUUUGGUCACCUCGAAGAAAACUUAAAGUGAGUGUGUAAAAAACCUUAAUGUAGCUUUAUGGACCACCAUUUGUAAAUGUUGUUCACAUCAAUUUCCAUCCUCAUGCACAGUGCUGAUUGCUGCAAGGGAACCUAUCAAAACAUCUCUUUUGUGUCACAUUAUACUGUGCCAGGAAACUAAUGCAACUAAGAAUCAACAGAAUCACAUGAUUAACAGUAAUUAUUGUAAUGUUGUUAUAUUAAAAGGAAUGUUCGACUUACAUGGCAUAAUGGCUUGAUCCCAGCAACAGAGAUCUGGAUAAAAUUUGGAGGAGAUAAAGGAGGAAACUCCUUUAAGAUGACCUUUGAGAUAGGUAACUUGGAAAAUCCAAACUCAACCAAGAAUACAGUAGUCUUCAGUCUGUUCGAGGGUCCAGAUAACCCACAUAAUCUCCUGCUUGGAUUAGAAAGGUUUACAAAUUACAUCGAAGACCUGAACAGCAGGAU